GCAGCGCAUCGGUUCAUGUUUUAGCGAUAUGUCGGUUGAAGCCAGUCGUGCAAGUAUUUCUGCGACACGUUUGAUCGUUAAAGGAAAGAAAAUGGCAACGUUUAUGUUACGAUACCAGUGCACGGAAAAUCAUCGACUUUGCCUUUGACGUUAUUUGUUUGUGUUUUGACUUGGUUCGAGGCAAAUGUGACGGUGGUGUGGAAUACUAGUAUCCUAUAUAUUCGUAUGGCGUCUGAAAAGAGGUGAUCAGUGUAGUAAGGAGGAAGAUAGCAGAGAAGGAACUGAUCGCUGCGAAUGGGCGAAAGAUCGGAACAAUGAGUGGAAAAGAGGAAGGGCCGUAACAAAGAAAGAAAGAAAAAAAGAAAACACACCACCGACAACACGCGCGAGCGCGUGAUGCGCCGUAGAUGAGUAUACAUAUACACAUAUAUACAAAGAGAAGACGAAGAGAAGGGGAGUGCGAGGGAGGUUAAAUGACGCCUGGCGGGGAACGAGCGAGCGAGAGAAGGACAAAGACAAGAAAAGAGGGAGUAAAGCGUGUGGAAGGAAGAAACGUGAAUUAAAAAAAAUAUGGUAGUGUUCCAUGUGCGCCACGGUAUCUCGCGAACAGCAAGGCUCGUAUGGAACCGAAGGUUGUGAUACGUCAAACAAUUGAUAAUCUUUCCUUCUUUCGUCGGCAUGUACGAAAGUAUCUACGCGUACGAAGAAGACCGUUGAUUACUUAUAAUUCGUUUCUUCAUCGAUGCAUCAAUACGAUCAGAGAAAGAAUAAGUUGAUUAAGGUGUAUGUUGAGCGAAAAUUAACGUCGAACAGAAGGUUUCGAUUCGUUGGAACAUACGUGACGUACGGUUCAAAGUCGUCGAAUUGUAAAAGACGCGAGAAAAGAGAUAAAAGUGAAAGAAAACGUGUGAUACGAGUGCUGAAAAAGGGAAGGGAGUCUAAAAGAGAGAAAGAGGGAUAGAAAAAGAGAGAGAAAGAGGGAAGAAGGAAGAAAUAAGUAGUUGCAAAGGUGCGAAGGUGUAAAGGAACGUGCAUAUAUGUUGGUGUACGUGUAUAUGUACAUACAACAUGGAGGAAAGUCAUCUGUUGAUGACGGAACUUCCGGCGUUAACGCCGAGUCGCGGUACGACGUUGCUUCAUCGUUCAGGAUAUUAUUAUCAAUUGCACCAGCCGCACUUGGCAAUACCGACCACUCAAAAUCAAGCGAUUCUUUACAAUUCGGGUAACACACCGCAUUACAAUAGCGGCGCCACAGGUUUGCCGGCGUACGCGCAAAGUAUUUUGUCGAGGCAGCAACCGCAAGCAGCGCAGGACACCGUGCCAACAACCACGCACGUUUCCUGCCUUUAUCCUGAAAUACUAGCGUUGAUUUUCAGUUACCUGGAAGUCAGGGAUAAAGGAUGCGCCGCCCAAGUGUGCAUCGCGUGGAGGGACGCGGCAUACCAUCGGUCCGUCUGGCGAGGGGUCGAGGCGAAGUUGCACCUAAGGAAGCAAGCACCAGCGUUAUUUGCUAGUCUGGUAAAGAGGGGGGUGAAGAGGGUUCAGGUGUUGUCAUUGCGAAGAGGCCUCGGCGACGUUUUGAAAGGCAUACCGAACCUGGAAUCGUUGAAUCUCUCGGGCUGCUACAACAUCAACGACUUGGUGUUGAUGAAAGCUUUCUCUCAAGAAUACCCGAUGCUCACGGAAUUGAAUCUCUCGUUGUGCAAGCAAGUGUCGGACAUCACCCUCAGUUGCAUAGCGAAAUAUUUGCAGAAUCUCGAGCACCUGGAACUCGGCGGCUGCCGGAACAUCACGAACGACGGACUUCUGUGUAUAGCGUGUUAUCUGAAGAAGCUGAAGAGACUGGAUCUGCGAAGUUGUUGGCAAAUAUGUAACGACGGUAUCGCCUAUCUGGCGGGCAUUCAUCCGCAAACGCACGGCGCGAGCUUUUUGAUGGAACAGUUCGCCGGUAUAGUUAAUUUCGACGUGGCCGGCGGGAACUUCGCGCUGGAACAUUUGAGCCUUCAAGAUUGCCAACGGGUAACCGACGAGGCGCUUCGACACAUAUCCACCGGGCUGGCCACCUUGAAGUCCAUUAAUCUGUCGUUUUGCGUUUGCAUCGGUGACACCGGGGUGAAACACUUGGCCAAGAUGUCCAGCCUGCGCGAACUAAAUUUACGGUCAUGCGACAAUAUAUCUGACGUCGGGAUGGCCUACCUAGCCGAGGGUGGCAGCAGAAUUUCCUCGUUGGACGUGUCGUUCUGCGAUAAAAUCAGUGACCAAGCUCUCGUUUAUAUUUCUCAGGGAUUGUUCAACUUGAAGUCGCUCUCGUUGUCCGCCUGUCAAAUCAGCGACGAGGGUAUUUGCAAGAUCGCGCAGACGUUGCACGACUUGGAAACGUUGAACAUUGGUCAGUGUAGCAGAUUGACGGACAAAGGUCUCUACACGAUCUCCGAGAGCAUGAAGAACUUGAAAUGUAUCGAUCUCUACGGAUGUACCAGGAUAAGUACCAACGGGCUCGAAAGGAUUAUGAAGUUGCCGCAGCUGAGUACGUUGAAUCUUGGUCUUUGGCACGUGCGGUGAUGGCUUUUUUUUUCUAAACAGUAUUCAGAAUUUGCGUCCUGUUCCUCGUACGAACGACGAAGGUGUUUUUAAUCAUUCUUUUUCACUAUCAAAAUUCUGUUUCUUUUACGAAACUAUCAUAAAAAACGAACGCCUCCUUCGUUCGGAUUUUUCUCUACAACCUAACCUAACAUUAACGUUUCUGUUUCGCAAACUUUCAAUUGCCAUCGACACGUGUCAAAGACGUCCUUUAGAACCGGUAGUUGAUUGUUAGAUCAAGAAACGUUGUAUUGAUCGUGCAAUCGACAAUUUAUCGUAGCAUAUUUUAUUUCAAUACCUGAUUGUUCUUAGGAAAAUUUCAUUCUUCGCAACGACGCACGUUAAAGGUCGAUUUUAUAUAUUCGUUCAAACACGGAACGUUUACGACACGAUCCGGUACAAAGUAUCUCGUAUUUAUAUCGUUAACCUUCGAUCAGCCAUCAGUCUACGUUCGGCAAUGUCAAGCGUAGGGACAAUAUUUCUUUUACCCAGUGGCUGCAGGAUAUAUUAAACAUGUUUUCAUAUUUAUCAUUAAACGAGCCAUCUUGUAUAACUCUAUUAUUAGACAAAGAGGAAGAAAAGUAAAUAUCCAGUAUGUUUGAAAGGUAAUUGAAUCGCAACGCUAUAUGUAAACAUUGGCAACUUAUUGCCUAUAAAAACAUUUAUUUGAACCGGAUCAUGUAAAUAUUAUGUGCCUGAACGGACAAUAUAAAUCGAUCUUAACGCGUUCAUGUGCUGGACCAAUUUUCGGUGACUUUCCGUUAGCGCCGAGAGUUAUAUGCGUCCCAAAUAAUCAAAAGUAACAAUUUUACUUACAACGUAUGGCCUGCUAGAGCAAAAAUGUUUGUUUUAACAAAUUAUCGCCGUAGUUGUACAGUUCAGGUCAAAGAAAAGAGACGAAUUUGAUUAAAUUUGAAAUUAUACUUUUUAUUUCUAAUACUGUUAAUAUUAUUGUUACUGUUGUACUUUUAUUCGUUCUUUGGCCAAAAUGUCUAUACAGUGUGUUCCUGCUUUAAAUGUGCAUUACUCGGGACCGAAAGAGUUAUAUUUAACGCAAAGGGAUAACGUUCUUUGUGUUUUAUCGGUCGCUUCGAACGUAGAAAGAGAUAGAAAACGAUAGCAAGCGAAGGACGGAGAGGGACUGAGAGGGUCGUACUCGGUGUUCCACGUAGUGUAAUACGAUCCGGUGUCGAAUAUUGUUACCGUGUAAGACAAUAGCGAAGAUAAGGUAAAACUUUAUUAUUUUUUGUCUUUUGUUUGCAUUCAAUUUUUUUUAUACAUUUGUAACACUUUCCUGAUUAAAAUGGGACCAAACACGACAUAGUUUGAAUAAUAUUUACAUGUGCUUUAUUGCAAGGUGAAAGUGCUCUUUGUAUUUUACCACUCGCUUCGAACAUAGAAAGAGAUAGAGAGGAAUAGGAAGCGAAGGACGAAAAGGGAUAUUGAUUACGUGUCAGAUAAUGACGUUCUUGUUUUGAUUCACAUUUAUCAUUAGUCAGAAACGAAUUCUAUAGUUCGAAAAAUCUCACGACAUGACGUGCACACGAGAGGGGUAAAUGGUCCUGUAAAAAACAAACAUGUCACACCCUUGCUGCGUAAAAGUGACACAAUUCGGAAGAGAACAGCGUUUUUUUUUUUUAAUCGUUUUUAUAAUUUUAAUUAAUAAUUUUUUUUAAUAUUAGCACCAAUUAUGAAGUACAAUAAGUUAUGGAUUUAUUACAUAAGUAAAUAGUAUCCAAAUUCUGUCGUGUUUGAUCUCAUUUUAAUCAGAAAAAUAUCUCGAAGAUGUUUAAAAAUAUAUAUAUGCGAGAAGAAUGAAGAAUAAAAGUUUUGCUUUUCUUUUAGUAUUAUCUUACACGGAUAAUCAGUGCCGGCGCAUUAAUCACUUCACUGGUUCCAAGGAGGGCCCCCCCUAUUAGUAGAAAUAAAAUUUUCGCAUUUAAGGCGGGAAAACUGAAAUUACAAAGACAUGAUUUAUAAGUGACUGAAAUUGUAUAGGCCAAUUUCUUGCUGAUAGUGUAUCAAACGGAAUAACCAAAUUUUGAAAUACAAAGUUUGAAACAUAAGAAAGUCGAUGACCUGCGGUACAAUAACUGUACCGCACGUUUAAUAAGGAAAAUAUUAAACGGUGCGAACGGAAAGUCCAAAGCAGGGCGUAUGCAACCCAUGUGGCAUCGAAAGCGUUUAAAAAAGUAGCAUAUUUCAUUUGCCUUGGGAAGAUUAGCAUUUUCGACUGUUUCUCCCCGAAAAGCAACAUGUUACAAUUAUUAACAACGAAACAUAGCAGAUUUUCAUUCAUGUUUUGGUAAUUUGUCGCGAAGAGUAACCGGAUAUUUCUUUUUAACCGCGAGGAAUAGCAUUUUUCCCUUGUAAUUACAGAAAACAUUCCAUUUAACCCUUGACGUACAAGUGAUUUUUAAAAUUUAUACUAUUUAAUAUUGUUUAAAUUUAUUCAUACGUAGAACGUUCACAAGAAAGAAUCGAUUUGUUUUACAAAUACCUAACGAAUGUUAAGAUGUGUUGAUUUUAAUAUAUUUGACUUUAUGACGAAUCGUAAUUUCGUUAUUGUAAAACUUGUCGCGAAGAACUUGCGAUUAUGAAAUAUAACAGCUGUAGAAUCGAUAUAACUAUUGCUUGUAGACUGUAAUGAUCAGUAUCUUCGAAUGAAAAUCGAAACAUGCUAUUCUUCGUCUUCAUGUUUAAAUUAAGGAUUGUAAAUUUACC